CUGGAAGGCAACACCCGUCUGUGUGUCCGUGUCACACACACACGCACCGCAGAUAACAAGGCAUCCAUUCCCCGAAGCAACUAACCUAACCGGGGAAAAGGCUCCUGCCAAACGAUGCGUUAGGUGUUAGGACGCAAGGCGCCAUGCUGAGGCCUGAGGAGGAGACGACAUUUGGUACAAGAUGAGCAGCGGCAGCAGACGAGAGAGGGAGCAGAGGAGGAAGCUGCAGCACUUCCUGGGCGACCUGGCUCUCCUCGGGUCGCUGCAGGGCUUUAAAUACUUCCAGCCUUGGCUGAGAGGGAAAGAGGAGCUGCUGCUGACAGUUGUUAACGAAGAUCUGGGUUGGCGCUCCCCAGGCUUUGUGGUCUCCAGAGCCUCCCCCUACUCCUCCACCAGCAGCAGCUGUAACAGCAGCGAAGUCUCCCCCAGCAGCAGCUCCCCCAGCCUGGGCAGCCGGAGCAGCUCUCCCCUGCCCGGGGAGCCUGCGGGCCCCCGAGAGCCUCCGGCCCCCCGGGGGACUCCGUCACAGUCACACACCAAGACGCAGCCACACACUGUCAGGGAGCCCAGCAGCGAGGAGCAUCUCCUCCCGGCCUCCCCCAGUGAAAGAGAGAUAGCGGUGCCUCAGGAGGUGAACUGCACCCUGUUCUUGCUGGCCGGGUACGUCAGGUACGGGCGCCCCUACGCCUGGAUCCGCUCCAACCACGAGCGCCUGGUCAACAUCGGAGGCACCGAUUCGAUGGUCAAGGACACGCCCAUGAAGCUCAAGUCCAUCGCUGAUUGGCAGACGCGAGGUAUUCGCGCGUGGGACGUCAUCAGCGAGCUGGUGUGUCUGUGCACCGUGCCCUCCCCCACCAACCCCUUCGCCCUGGACGCGCGCUACAUCCAAGGCCUCCCCCUGCACGAGCGCUUCCUCGUCACCGGCGCCCUGCUGAGCUUCCUGGAGAUGUACGUGGUCCACGGAGACCGGGACGAGUUGCACUACGACAAAGUGGUGGAGGAGGUGAAGCCUCUGAGGCGUCUCCACGUCCGGUCCCUGCUGGAGUUCCAGCGGCAGAGGGAGAGCUCCGGGCCCGCGGAGCAGGACUCCUCUGCAGAGGGGUCCUUUUAGAGGAGACAUCUGCACUUUCAAUGACUUAAUAUAUAGGGAAAAAAAAGUUUAAAUGUGUGAAAUAUUUUGGUGUGUUGUUGUGGUUUGCACACUUAACCAACCGGUUUCUUUCGAGGCCACGUGUGCUCGGGUUGGAAAGUAGUCACGUGAGUCUUUGCAACACAAAAACACAGGAGGGAGACAUGAGCCUGGGAAAGGAGUCACAUGACGCAUAUUAAAACAUCCCAGGACCUCUGAAUGUCUGACCUGACACCCCUAAAAAGGCACUUCAGGCCAAAUAUAACCAUAAAAAGGUCGAGGGAAAUGGAAUCAUUUGUCAGGGUCACGGCCUGGAUAAGCUAAAGCUGGUUAAAUAUUUGUCUUCUUGAAAGUCACAGCAGCACAAAAACACAGACAAAAAUGUUGUAAAAACAUUUUUAAUAUUCCGUAAAAUACAUAUUUUAAAUAUGUAAUAGGAUAUAAAAACAGUACACUGAUAAAAUACGCCUUUAAAAGCAGGCGGUGUCAUUUGUAACUGGAAAUAUACAUCACAGAGUACAAAAUGUUAAAAUUAACAGAUAAAAACCUCCUGGCACGUCAGUCAAAAAGGCCAUUUCUGUUAAAAUAAAAAAUAAAAAA